AUGGCGGAUUUGCCUAAGGAGAGGUUGAUUCCGUCGCCGCUCUUCUACUAUACUUCUGUGGAUUAUUUUGGACCAUUCGAAAUCCGGGUAAGCCGAAACAAGACGGAAAGAGGUAUGGCUGUCUCUUUGUCUGCAUGGUCGCAAGAUAACGGGACGAACUUCCGUGGAGCCGAGGCCGAGUUGAGACAAGCUUUGAGUGCCAGAGAUCGUGACCCCCUCUUACAGGAAGAAAUGUUGAAAGAAAGCAUCACGUGGCAAUUCCAGCCGCCAUCGGCGCCUCAUUUUGGUGGCAUACAUGAGGCCCUGGUGAAGAGUUCGAAGAGAGCCUUGUACAAAGCAAUGACCCAAGCACAACAGAGACGGAGCUUGCGGGAAUUCGAAUUGAGGACCUUGUUAUCAGAAGUCACGGGAUUGCUAAAUUCACGUCCUCUCACCUACGUCGGCGGGGAUCCAGAAGAUCUCCAAGCAUUGACUCCUAAUCAUUUUCUGAUUCAAAGAGCUAGCAAGAAUCUAGCUCCUAUUCCAGUGAACACGAAAGUCGUUAAUCCACGGGAUAGUUAUCGAUUUGUUCAAUCCUUUGUGGAAGAUGUGUGGAGAAUGUGGCAAUCCGAAUACCUUCUGACCCUGCUUGCUCGUUCCAAGUGGCGAUCUCAAGAGAGGAACCUUUGCGUGGGAGAUGUCGUCUUGGUUGUGGACAAUAAUCUGCCACGGGGGAAGUGGCGUUGGGGUUACAUCUCGGAGGUGUACCCGGGAAUGGACGGCUUGGUUAGGAAAGCCAAAGUGAGCACCCCCAAGGGCGAGUUUCUUCGCCCUGUAGUUAAGCUCGUCCUUCUGGAGAGAGCCAAGGAGCCGAUCGAUGGUGGUGACCCGCCGGUGGCGAGUGCCCCGGGGGGAGGAGAUGUUCCGGUGAAAUGUGAAUGUCGGUGGCUCCCUGAGAAAAAGGAAACGGAAGGGAAAGAAAAAGACGGACAAGAGACGAAUGAGAAGAAGUGA